GGGUAAUAUAAUGUGUUGUUUUCAAACAUGAUGAAGGUCACUCUUCGUCUUAGGUGGUUCCGUGCUGCUUAAGGAUGGGUUUUUCUGAUCGGUGUGUUUGAAAAUGGGGAAUGCUCAGGCUUUGGAAAAACGCCAGCUUCCAAAUGGUCGAGAUGAAUCAGCUAGUGCUGGUGACCCCAAAGACUUCGAGACACGGUGGAGAUCGUUCAUGAACUCACUUGAUGUGUCAUCUGAGCAUAUCAAGCAAAUUGAACUGUUGGAUGAAAAUAAGAAAACUGAACUGUUGUUGAACUAUGAAUCAAAAAACCCAAGGCGCUCAGCUUUUCACUACGUUACGCUUUUGAAAGCCAGCAGGAUUGAAUAUAUUUGGAAGAAAAAAGUAGAUGGUUCCGCCUUCCGUUCUCUUUUGUCCUCUGUAGAAAUUUCUCUGCGCACCAAUAAUGUUGAAUGGGUGUAUGACUUUUUAGAUUAUGAAGGCCUAGAAACUUUAACCGAUUUGAUGUUUCAAUGUCUACCUUUUCUAUCAGAACAAGAGGCGUCAUUCGGUUCACGAAAACACUACGGGAGUAAAGCCUUCACAGAAACUUAUCGGCCCCGUUAUGAAAUAUCUUGUUCAGCAGAAAUUUCUGAAACCAUCCGUGGCAACAGCAUUAAAUCAACUCAGUCCUGUUCAAGUAAUAUGACUCAUGCUGUGUUGCCCAUGUUGGCGAUUCAUAACAAUGGUUCACUGAAAGGAUGUUCAAUAACUCCAUCAUUUUUUGAAUUUCUGAAAGAUUGUUUGCAUUUGUCCCUUCGUUGCCUCAAGGCGAUAUUGAAUAAUCAGAAGGGGUGCAAAAGAGCCAUGGAGCAUCCACUUGUUAUCAGUUUACUAACCUUCUGCCUUUUCCAUCCGAACUACUCUACAAAAACACUUACACUGGAUAUGCUUACCGCAUUGUGCUUGAUUGAAGGAGGGCAUGUAAAAGUUCUACAAUCAUUUGACAGGUUACGAGUUGUGAUGGGUGAAGGAUUGAGAUUCGAACUUCUACUGGCAGCAUUCAGAUACCACGAAACUCUGGAUGAAGAAAAUUACAGUAUGGAUUUUGCAGUAACAUGUGUACAGUUUCUUAAUAUUGUUGUUCACUCACCGGAAAAUAUCAAUUUGCGCGUAUAUUUACAGUAUGAAUUGCAUUUACUUGGAUUUGAUGACUUAUUAAAACAAAUUCGUGAUCGCUCAGGUUCACGGUUAAAAGUACAAAUUGAAGCUUAUUUAGAUAAUCGAGUCGAUUGUUCACUAUUAUUGGAAGAUGCUGAAGCGAAAGAGGCUGCUCUACUAGAACAAGAACGUUUAGAAAAAGCAUUACAAUUAGAAAUUAAUACGGUUAAAAGGAAUGAAGCAAAUUUUAAGCACAAAGAAAAUGAACUUCUACGCAUUGUUGAGUCAUUACGUAUAAAAAAACGUGAAUAUGAAAGUGUUGUUGCUGAUCGGGAAUCAGCGAUGCGUAAACAAAUCAAUGAAUUACGUUUGACACUUCAGUCAGCACAAAUGGAAAUAAAUGAAUUAAAACAAAGUUUGCAUAAUACACAAACAGUAACUACAGCUACAACAAAAUCAUUUAAUUCAAUGUCAACUUCAACACAUUUUGGAACAUAUAAAUUAGGAAAUGUUGAUAGUAAUGCUAAUAAUAAUAAUUUAGUCAGUUUAGCACAAACUAAUACUAUUGAACAUACUCCAUCUACUGAACCAACACUAAUAACACGAUCCACUUCAAUUGAAAACGAUUUAUGUAAUAAUAAUAUUAGUCAUGAAGAAGACGAUGGUGAUCGUCGAUCAAGUCCCUCAGGAUCUGAAGCUUCAUUAGACCAAAGUAGUAAUAAUACAAAUAAUAAUAAACAAGACAAUUUAAAUGGUCAAAUUAAUGGGAAUAGUAUAAGUCACACUAAAUCAAAUUUCAUUGAUUGCACCAAGAAUGAUCAUUAUGAUGAGCCACCAAUGAAACCACAAAGGAGAGCAGUUGUCGCUCAGAAGUCAAAGAAUAAUGAUAUAUUGUUUUCUCCAUGCACUCCACAAAAUUUAACCACAACAAAACAAUUAGCCAAUCAGGCAGCAAAUUAUUUAAGUGAAUUAAUUAAACUAGUUUCUAGUUUAGUCCAAGAGUCCAGAACACGCGAAUCAAUCAGUAUUAUUAGUGAAGACCUAUUCAGCAAUAAUAACAGUGUUACAGCUAUUUACCCUGUUGGCUGGGAAUCCACGUAUCAUCCUAUGAAUGUAACUAUUUCUGGUGAGGCUGAUAUUCGUGAUAUUGACGUUGAUAAAGAUAAAAUUGGAAAGGAUAGUAUGCAAACGACAACAAAAACGAUAAUCACAUCAGUGGAGACUAUCUUCAAUGAUCAUAUCUUUAGAACAUGUUAUCUAGCUAAUAUUUCAAUGAAAUCUGAAGGAAUCUGUACAAAUUCAGAAGAUUUUUUUAAUACUUAUUCUAGUCAAUUACCAGAACUAUGGUUGACAGCAUUGAAGAAGUAUAAAUAUUCACAGAACGUGUUUAACAAAAAAGAAAUAUCAAGUAAUUCGUUGCAUAAAUUUAGCACACAUGAUACAAAGCGUUCAAAACUCGUCAGUGACUUACACAAUCUUGGACUCUUAUCAUCCUGUGUCAACGAAGCUACUGAUGGUGAAAAACACAUUCAUGUAAACGAUUAUGUGAACGAUGUCGAUGAUAUUGGUGAAAGUAUUAUAUCAAAAUCAAAAUUAGUUCACUACUUAUUACAUAUUUGUUUAGAUCCUGUGGUUACGCAACACUUGUUAAAUGAAUUACAUCAUAUAUCACAACAUUUAUUUGAUAACAAUACUAAUAACCCUAACUAUAAUCAAACAAAUAAUAAUAGUAGUUUCACUGUUAUGAAUUCACUGACUAUUGAAUUAUUUAAUCAUAUUGAAAGAGUGCUACAAAAGUAUUUUAAUCGAUUCAAUACAAAAUUACCAACAUGCACUACUGCAGAUGUUAUUCAUACUUAUUAUGAUUAUGAAGUUCAACGCUGGCCUUAUUUAAUCAGUUUACUUCAGGCUAAUCUUGUGAAAUUUACUUUAAUUGAUGAAUUAAAGCUAAUUAAUGAGAAUUUAUCUGUAAUUCUAGAGUGUUGUACAAGUCUUUUGGUCAGUACUAAAUUACCUUUAAUUAUGCAGUUGAUUUGUCACUGUAUGAAAAUGCUAUUGAAUGAUACCAUGUCUACUGGUUUUCAACUGAAAAGUCUAGAUUCACUAAUUGAUUGGCAUUUAACAUUACCUCAAAUGUCCAAUAAUGAGAAUGAAUCGCAACCACAAAAACAACAAGGCCAGCAUCUGGAAUCACAAAGUUCUACAACUGAAGGGCAGGUUAAUAAUGAAAAGUCAACGAAAUAUAUUAAAAUCAAUUUUAUGCCUAUAUUUGUCAAGUUUAUAAAUAAUAUUUCACCUAAUUUAUUAACAUGGCCAUCUGAAUUAAAUCAAUUGGAAAUUGUGUCAAGAAUUAAAAUAUCGCAUCUUUUCAAACGAAUUGAAUAUGUUAAAUCAAGUUUAAAUUUUUUACUAAACUAUUCAAAAACUAUUGAAAAUGUAAAUAGUAGUAUUGGUAAUGGUGGUAAUGAAGAACAUGGUAAACCCGGAAUAUCAACAACAACAACAAGAAUGAAAUCCAAUAUUUUAUCAAAUGAAAUGCCAGUCGUUGACCACUUAUCUCAAUUAUUAAUGAAAACAUCUGAAACUAUAUGGAUUAUUGUACAUUCAACAGCCUACUGGAUAGUGUCUUCUCACUAUUCAGAUACAUCGAGUUCAUCAUGUUAUUAUGAUGGUUUUCUGGUAUCUGAUGAAUGGUUAAAUCCUCUUGUCAGAUUUACUGCUUCAUUUAAGAAUUACGUUCAUGAAUUAGAAAGAAAACCACGUUAUACAUCACAGAAUUCAUGCAAUGCAACAGAAUCUCAUUCAUCAAGUCAAUCACGCCGUCAGAGUCAAAAACGUUCAAAAGAUCAAGAGAAGGCAUCAUCUUCAUCGAAACGUGAACAUCGUCAUCGAAAACCACGAACUCGUCAGCUGGACACAGAUGGUUUGAUGGAUGAUAUUCUACACAAUCUUACUUUAAAUCCAUUAAGGACAGAUAUACAUAUAAAACGAUCAGAUAAAACUGAUUGAAUCCAGAAAAAAGAAAAACAUACAUUUUGUACUCCUUUCAUCAUCACUUUAUCAUCAAAUCAAAUCUGCACAAUCUUACAGCUAAACAAGAUAAUUUUUAUGCGUCCAUCUGUUUACCUAUCUUGUCUUCCUAUAAUAAUAUACAUUCCAUAAAUGGAAGUCAAUUGUACCUUUAAUGCUGCUCAUUCACAUUAUCGUCAUCAUCAUCUCCAUCAUUUAUGCCCUUUUCAAGACUUCUGUUUCAUUCAUUAAUUGACAAUUCUUGUAACUUUCUCUGCAUAUUAUUUAAACACUGUCUUAUCUGUGUGCUAACAUUUGUUUCUCUAUCUUAAAUGUAAAAAUUAAUCACUCAGUGCACACACACUACUACUACUGCUAAAAGUACUAGUGGUAGGACAUAUAUCCAUAUACAACGAUUAGUACUGUCCCGUCUUUUGACAUAAAUCAUGAUAUAUUUUACAUUAGCCAUGAUAGGUGCAUUCUCAUUUACUACUUUAUUUGAAUAGUUUUUGCUGAUUUAAUAACAUACGUCAAUGUGUUUAUUGCCAUUGCUUAGCAUUUUUUCUUUGUUUCUAGGACUAUUAUCAUUAUUUUUAUUGACAAUGUUAUUUACAAACACAAACGUUAUUAAUAUAUAUAUAUAUAUAUAUAUAUAUAUAUAUAUAUAUAUUGCCAUAUUGGUUGCAUAAUAUCUUAUCCCCAUUGUAUACACAGACACUUAUCCUAAAGUGUAGUUUAUGUAUAUGCUUUUUAAACUUCUAUUUUAUCCCCCCUCCUUCUUGUUUUGUUUUCCUUACUUUAUUCUCAGUAUAUUUUUUUCGAAACAAAACUCCCCAUUCUGCUGAAGUUUAUUUUGUUUUUUUAUCUUCGCUUCCGACCAGUAAGGCUGAAUAAAUGAAAGUGAAUUAAAACAAGAAUUCGGCAAAUGACCAGGAUCAUCAGUUUGUAAGCUUUCAAAUGAAUUAGCAAAC